AAGGUACAAAAUAAUUAGUAAAUCAGAAUUCAAACAGCUCCAUGAGACUUCGAUCGCGAUCGAAGUAGAGAGCUUGCAGAGCCCCAAACCCUAACUCUCGACGAUCGGAACCAUCGAUGGCGAUACUCUACGCCGUGGUGGCUCGAGGCACGGUGGUGUUGGCUGAGUUCAGCGCGGUUACAGGGAACACAGGGGCCGUGGCUCGGCGGAUCUGCGAAAAGCUUCCGUCGGAGGCCGAUGCUAGGGUUUGCUUCUCUCAAGAUCGAUACAUCUUCCACAUACUCAGAGCCGAUGGCCUCACUUUCCUCUGUAUGGCCAACGACACCUUCGGCAGGAGAAUACCCUUUUCGUACUUGGAGGAUAUUCAUAUGAGGUUCAUGAAAAAUUAUGGCAGAGUUGCCCCUUAUGCUCCGGCUUAUGCGAUGAACGACGAAUUUUCGAGGGUGUUGCAUCAACAAAUGGAGUUUUUCUCCAGUAAUCCUAGCGCCGAUACUCUCAACCGUGUGAGAGGCGAAGUUGGUGAGAUACGAACUGUAAUGGUGGACAACAUAGAAAAGAUAUUGGAUAGGGGUGACCGUAUCGAUCUUCUUGUUGACAAAACUGCAACUAUGCAAGAUGGUGCAUUUCACUUCAAGAAGCAGUCUAAACGCCUUCGUCGAGCUCUGUGGAUGAAAAAUGCCAAGCUCUUGGCCCUGUUGACAUGCUUGAUUGUCGUGCUUCUGUACAUCAUAAUAGCUGCUUGUUGUGGAGGCAUCACACUACCUUCAUGCAGAUCUUGACUAAUUCGAUUCUUGCUCAAAUUUCUGCUGAGGUAUGGAACAAUUACUUUGAGAUUAUUCAAGUCAAUGUAUACGGAAAGGGAUUCCAGUGCUUGAUGGUUCAAAUUUUUUGUGUGUAUAUGGAAGUGAAAUAUAUUAUACCUUGCAUUGUACCAGUGAAUUGCUGAGAUUUUUUCGGGAAGUCUGUCAAGUUCUUGCAGUGCUUCAUAUCAUCUUUGUAUUUUUUUGAAACACUAUGGUUAGUAAAUUAUCAUUGAUUGUGAAAACUUAACUACUACUA